AUGGCAUCGUGGGAAAGAUCAUGCGGGAAGGCGGCCUUGUGGAAAUGUCUCCACAUUGAAAGGAGAAGCAUAUCCUUCACCAACUCCCCGAUGGAGCCACACGACCAGCCUCCGCCCUAUGAGGCGCUUUCCAAUUCAUCGGAGGGGUCUAAUCCCUGGGAAGGCCAGGACACACAUGUCAAAGAUGACGGCCGCGUCGUAGUAGACGCCAACUCCAAACUAUGCCGAACCCUCUCCCGACUCAUUCCCCGCGUACAACAUGAAAACCUCCCACCACCCGCCCACACAGAACCCACCCACCCCCCCUACCGGCUGAACAUCGUAAUCCAAAUCGUCGGCAGCCGCGGCGACAUCCAACCCUUCCUCGCCCUCGGCACGGCCCUCCAAGCCCACGGGCACCGAAUCCGCAUCGCCACCCACGACACCUUCGCCCCCUUCGUCCAAGCCUCCAAUCUCGAAUUCUACCCCAUCGGCGGCAACCCCAACCAACUCAUGGCCUACAUGGUCAAAAACCCCGGCCUGAUCCCUCGCAUGAAAAGCAUCCGGGCCGGCGAAAUCGCCAAGAAACAACAGAUGAUGGCCGAGAUGCUCCGCGGGUGUUGGCAAUCGUGUAUUGCUCCGGAUCCGGUCUCGGGGACACCGUUCGUGGCGGAUGCCAUUAUUGCCAAUCCGCCGAGUUUUGCGCAUGUGCAUUGUGCCCAGGCGUUGGGGGUGCCGCUGCAUUUGAUGUUUACCAUGCCGUGGAGUGCGACGGGGAGGUUUCCGCAUCCGUUGGCGAAUUUGAGGAAUGGGGGGGAGAGGGAGUGGGUGAAUUGGGUUUCGUAUGGGGUGGUGGAUUGGUUGGCGUGGCAGGGGUUAGGAGACGUCAUCAACGACUGGCGCAAGAACGAUCUAAAUCUGGAGCCGAUUGCUAUGUCAGAGGGUCCAUUCCUUCUCCAGACGCUGAAGGUGCCAUAUACAUACUGCUGGUCUCCGGCAUUGGUGCCGAAACCGGAUGACUGGCCUGCAAAUCUGGAAGUCUGCGGCUUCUUCUUCCGCGACCCACCCGACUACAAGCCCCCUGCCGCCCUCGAAACCUUCCUCUCCUCCGGACCCCCUCCAAUCUACAUCGGCUUCGGAAGCAUCGUCCUCGAUGACCCUGAAAAGAUGACCCGGAUACUCAUCGAAGCCGUCCAGCAAACCGGCAUCCGAGCCUUAAUCUCCCGCGGAUGGAGCAAGCUCGGUGGCAUCGACUGCGAGAAUGUCAUGUAUCUGGAUGACUGUCCCCAUGAAUGGCUCUUCCAGCGUGUCAGUGCAGUGAUUCAUCAUGGUGGGGCGGGGACGACGGCGUGUGGGUUGCGGUAUGGGAGGCCGACGUUUAUCGUGCCGUUUUUUGGGGACCAGCCGUUCUGGGGUGAGAUGGUCGCUGCUAACGGCGCAGGUCCGAGCCCGAUACCGCAUGAACAUCUUGACGCGGAGAAACUUGCUCAGGCGAUUCGCUACUGCAUCGGACCUGAUGCUAUGCGCGCAGCGGGAGAUAUCGCCACCAGGAUGCAGCAUGAAUCCGGGGUACAAGCUGCGGUUGCGUCUUUCCAUCGAAACUUGCCAGCGGGGCUGAAGAAAUGCGAAAUUAUGCCGCAGUUUCCAGCAUCCUGGGUGGUAAAGAAAGGGAAGAAGAAGUACCAUCUAUCGAAAGUUGCGGCGGAGGUCCUGCUCGAUCAUAUGAAGAUUUCGAGGGAUAAGAUGAAGCCGUAUCAAUCCAAUCCCAUCAUCAUCGAGAAUGAACGAUGGGAUCCCAUCACGGGUAUCUCCUCCGCUGGACUCGGUUGGACGGUCGAUAUACUCAAAGCGUCCGGCGAUAUUGUGUAUCAGCCCUACAAAGUCAUGAGACAGGAAGGAUCUACCUCUCGACCCUCAUCACGGUCCACGGAUCGUGAAACCCCACUCUCCAACCUCACUCCAGAACCUCACCUCCACAAAUCAAAAUCCAUGUCCAGCAUACCACCAUCCACCCCUCACCCCCAAGCGCAAAGCAAAGCAGCCGCCAUGGCCUCCGCAUCCGCCAAAGCCACCGGUAAGGUCCUAACCAAGUACGUCUCCGGAAUCAUGGUGGAUAUCCCCUUAGCAGCAGCCGAAGGAUUCCGCGUUUUGCCUGGGUUAUACGGCGACAAAGUGCACGAUUACGGACACGUCAAGGAUUGGAAGACGGGGACGAUUGCUGGAGCGAAAUGUUUUGCGCUGGGAAUGGGCGAAAGCUUCACGGAUAUCUUCUACCAGCCGUAUCGCGGGGCAAAGGCGAAUGGGGCGGUGGGGUUUGCGACGGGGAUGGUCAAGGGGACGGUGGGGGUCGUGGGGAAGAUGGCGCAUGCUGGCCUCGGUCUGGUGGCGUAUCCUGGACAAGGUAUCAAACGGACGAUUCGGUCUUCGUGGAAGAAUAAACGCCAGAAGGAGAUUGUGGCGGCGUUGCAUGCGGAUGGGGUGAGUACACUGCGACAUGAAAGAGGGCGGGGAUUGAAGGAUGCGGUGGUCAUUGAUUUAUUUCGUCAAUUGUGGCAGAAGGAUGACACUGUUGAUGAUAGCGAUGACUAUCUGUAG